CAGAUAGAUUGUGGAGCGUCUGUAAGUCAGACGUGCUGUGGCACUAGGAGAAACUUCAGGACUCACAGACAUUUCUCAAUCGAGGUUAGGGACAAAAAAGCACCGCGUUAACAUCUUGUGAAAUAUUCCAACAGAUUGGACUGUUCAGAUUUUGUUCCGCUCUGGUGAUUCAGAAGAUCCUUUCACAUCCGGACUUCAGUAGAAAUGUGGUGGAAAAGUGUUCUGUUCAUUUCCACCAUAGCUGUGGCUAUGAGAGGAACACACGGAGGAUAUUUCGGAUGUAUCGAAAGCCCGUCAUUCCCUGGUGACGGGUUUGAUAACGACUGCGACCUGCUGGUUGACGAAGAGAUCCAGAACGGCAUAGACGAUGACGGGGACGGGCUGAUAGACGAGGACCUCCGACUGUGCAUCGCCCCGCAGAACGUCCCGGGAGACUACGCCGACAACGACUGCGACGGGCUGGUCGACGAGGAGAUCGAGAACGGCAGGGACGACGACGGGGACGGUUUGAUCGACGAGGACCUGAAGCUGUGUAUCGAGUCGCCAAGUUUCCCCGGGGACGGCGAGGACAACGACUGUGACGGGCGCGUCGACGAGGAGAUCGAGAACGGCGUCGAUGACGACGGGGACGGCUUGGUCGACGAAGACGUCAAAUUCUGCGUCGCGCCCAGGAACGUCGCGGGAGACAACGCCGACAACGACUGUGACGGUCAGGUUGACGAGGAGAUAGAAGACGGCGUGGAUAACGACGGGGACGGCUUGAUAGACGAGGAUCUGUACCUGUGUAUCGAGUCUCCCGCCUUUGCAGGUGACGGGGUGGACAACGACUGCGACGGGAGGGUGGACGAAGAGUCCCAGAACGGCGUGGACGACGACGGCGACGGGCGUAUCGACGAGGACACCAGCUCGUGCUUCGCGGCGAGGCAGGCUUACGGGGACGGGGUGGACAACGACUGCGACGGCCGCGUGGACGAGGAAGUGCAGAACGGCCGCGAUGACGACGGGGACGGCCUGAUCGACGAGGACACGUCACGCUGUAUCAGGUCUGAACCCCACCCCGAUGACGGGCUCGACAACGACUGUGAUUACAGGAUAGACGAGGAACUUCCGAACGGGCUUGAUGACGACAAUGACGGCCUGAUCGACGAAGAUAUAGUGUUAGGUCCACCUGGCUGUGAGAUGGACUUAGUCUUCCUCCUGGACGGAUCCUGGAGUAUUGGAGAGGCCGUGUUUGGGGAAAUUAAAGAGUAUGUCCUGGAAACGAUUGACUUCCUGCAGAUAGAUGACUAUAACGUUAGUGUUGCCGUGCUGACGUAUGGAGGUGACAGUUUCUACGGAUGUGUGUCGGGACUGGAUCUCCGGAUAGGCGGGUACGGGAACCAGACUGAGCUGACGGACUUCAUCACAAACAACGUCACCUUUCCCGGCGGUGUCACUCCGACCAGGGAGGCUCUGCACGCCAUGCAGAAUAUUUCCUACCGAGAGAACAUGACGAAGGUAGGAGUGGUCUUCACCGACGGGAGAGCGCAAAGUGCUGCUAACGCUAACGCUGCCUCAAGGAACGCUACGGACGAACUGUUGGCAGAGGAGGUACAGGAGGCUUCGGACGCUGACUUUCACCUGUACUCUGUGGGGGCGUCCAUAGUGGACUCGUUUGUGAGGCCUGACGGACUGAACCUCAUCGCUAAAACCGCCGACCAUGUCCUCAUCUUCAGGAACCACCCGCCAAAAUACCUGGCCUUCAGGAUCAGGCUGGACAACUGUGUUGAGGAAGAGGGCUAACAGUUGGAGAAGACGCAGGGCAAACUCAAUGGCCACUGACGGGCCAGUGCACUCAUGUAUCUAUCAGUUCUACAUCUGGAAGUGAUUAUUAUUGCUGGAGUAAAGGAAACGGCUCUGAAUGGUAACAUAUAUCUGGAGGAUGUUGUAAGCUGAGGCAUGCUGUGUUUAAAGAAUUGUCCUGCGAAAUUGAAAAAAAAAAUACUAUAUUUUCUACAUCCUUCUGGUCUACAUUUUCUUCCCAGGAAUACACAUGAAAUAACACACUAGAAUUAUCCUAUUGUCUGACAAUGCUGUUAAGCUUAAUUACCACUCUGCUUUACAGCAUGGCAAUGAGAUGAUUAUAGUAUGUGUUGUUUGUGUAGUCUAACAGCUGUAGUGUACAAUAUCUGUCUUGGCUUAUAGCACGAUUAUAUAACUAGGCAGAUCGCAGAAUGUGUUGAGGGAGAGAUUCUUGCUAGGGACAAACAACACUGAGACUCUUAAAUGAUGAUGAAAUCACAAUAGGAUGCGUUACUUAUGCCACUAUCAGUAAACCAGUAGAGAAAUUUUGCAAGUGCACUAUAUCCUUCUCCAGUACUUGAUGGUUCAAAUACUCUUACUUCGUCUAAUGCAUUUGCUUUCGAUACCACCGACUUCUAACAACAACAUAAUGACUUUAGACUGCUGAAGUGGAUAAAAGAAAUUCAGUAAGCUAUAAGAAUAGUUUUCUCAAUAUGCUGCUAUCACAAGAAUUUAACGUAAGUGAUUCUUCAAUUUCCUGUGAAGAAAUUCUUUCAUUCUGUCCUAUCAAUAAAAAAAUUCU